CAGUGAAACCUCUGGACCCUGAAGAAGAAGACGCUACGUUAGCAUUAGCCGAGGAGCUAACUUUCCUCUGAACGAACAUAAACGCCACAGAGAAGAAAAUGUCUGCGGACCCAAAGAUUGUAGAGCUGCUUUCAGAACUCCACCAACUCAUCAAACAAACACAGGAGGAGAGAUCUCGUAGUGAACACAACCUGCUGAACAUUCAGAAGACACAUGAGCGAAUGCAGACAGAGAACAAGACAUCGCCAUAUUAUCGAACCAAACUCCGAGGGCUCUACACCACAGCCAAAGCAGACGCAGAGGCAGAGUGCAGUAUUCUACGACAUGCAUUGGACAAAAUAGCAGAAAUUAAGUCUUUGAUGGAGGAGAGACGGAUAGCGGCUAAAAUGGCUGGGGUCUACAGUGACAGUGAUCCUCCGAGGAAAACGAUGCGUCGCGGUGUACUAAUGACGCUGCUGCAGCAGUCAGCCAUGACACUCCCACUGUGGAUAGGAAAACCCGGAGAGAGCCCUCCUCCUCUGUGUGGGGCGAUCCCAGCGAGUUCAGACUAUGUGGCCAAACAAGGCGAUAAAGUGGCGGCUCGAGUCAAAGCCGUGGAUGGAGACGAGCAGUGGAUCCUUGCAGAAGUCGUCAGUUACAGCCACUCCACCAACAAAUAUGAAGUGGACGACAUCGAUGAAGAAGGCAAAGAGAGGCACACACUGAGCAGACGCAGGAUCAUCCCUCUGCCACAGUGGAAGGCCAACCCAGAGACCGACCCCGAAGCUCUGUUCAGCAAAGAGCAGCUCGUCCUGGCCCUGUACCCUCAGACUACAUGCUUCUAUAGAGCGCUGAUCCACGCCCCCCCACACAGGCCCCAGGACGACUACUCCGUUCUGUUCGAGGACACUUCUUAUGCUGAUGGUUACUCUCCUCCGCUCAACGUGGCGCAGAGAUACGUGGUGGCAUGCAAAGAGAACAAGAAGAAGUGAUCUCCUCUCUGCCCUCUGGUGUGUUGACACUGUACUGCACCUUUCACUGUUUGUAUGUUUAAUGUACAGUUAUGAUUU